CUUAACAUUGUUUUGGCGGGAAACUUUCCACUUGCCCUUUAUCUCCCGCUCAAAAGACAUUUUAGGUUAAGACUCGUCUUCAAGACUACUAAACUACUGAUUUCCAGUUUCACCAGACUACUUCUAUUUUUCUGAUAGAAACUGCGGAGAAGAAGAAGAAGAAACCCUAAAGGUAACAGAAAAAUGGAUGCAUUUGGUGGUUAUUUCGUGGACGAGAAAGCUGUUCGUGUUGAGAAUAUCUUCUUAGAGUUCCUCAAGAGUUUCAAGGUAGAAACAAAUGCAGCGGAACCAUAUUAUGUAUCAGAAAUCGAAGAGAUGAAAGCAAAAGAAUCGACAACCAUGUUUAUUGAUUUCUCACACGUUAUGCGUUAUAAUGAUGUUCUUCAGACAGCUAUUUCUGAAGAGUAUUUGAGGUUUGAGCCGUACUUGAAGAAUUCGUGUAAGAGAUUUGUAAUGGAGCAGAGACCGACAUUCAUUGGUGAUGAUAACCCUAAUAAAGAUAUAAACAUUGCUUUUUACAAUAUCCCCCUUUUGAAGAGAUUGAGGGAGUUAUCAACUGUGGAAAUUGGAAAAUUAGUUUCGAUAACGGGUGUUGUCACUCGAACUAGUGAGGUUAGGCCUGAGCUUCUACAAGGCACUUUCAAGUGCUUGGAUUGUGGUGGUGUUGUAAAGAAUGUUGAUCAGCAAUUCAAAUACACAGAGCCGAUAAUUUGCGUGAAUCCAACAUGUUCAAAUCGAGCAAGGUGGGUCUUGAUUCGCCAAGAUAGCAAAUUUGCAGAUUGGCAAAGAGUCAGAAUGCAGGAGACGUCUAAAGAAAUACCGGCGGGAUCCCUUCCUCGGUCAUUGGAUGUCAUCCUCCGUCAUGAGAUUGUUGAACAUGCAAGAGCUGGUGAUACGGUCAUUUUUACGGGUACUCUGGUUGUAAUACCGGAUAUACUGGCACUAGCUUCACCAGGGGAGAGAGCGGAAUGCCGAAGGGAGGCACCCCAGCGGUCUGGCAGUGGACAUGAAGGUGUCAGGGGUCUUCGUGCACUUGGAGUGAGAGAUCUCUCUUAUCGACUUGCCUUCAUCGCCAAUUCAGUGCAGGUGUCUGAUGGACGAAAGGAUAACGACAUUAGGAAUAGAAAGAAGGAUGCUGAUGACGAAGACUGCCAGAAAUUAACGAAAGAAGAGGAGGCUGAAAUUCAUGGGAUGAGGAACACCCCUGAUUUCUUCAAUAAAAUUGUGGAUAGCAUUGCCCCCACUAUAUUUGGUCACCAAGAGAUUAAACGAGCUAUCCUUCUUAUGCUCUUAGGUGGUGUCCACAAGUUCACUCAUGAAGGGAUCAACCUCAGGGGUGACAUUAAUGUUUGUAUAGUUGGUGAUCCCAGCUGUGCAAAGUCUCAGUUUCUUAAGUAUACCACAAACCUGGUUCCACGAUCCGUCUACACAUCUGGAAAAUCCUCUUCCGCCGCAGGUUUGACAGCAACUGUAGCCAAAGAACCAGAAACCGGGGAGUUCUGUAUUGAGGCUGGUGCUCUUAUGCUGGCUGAUAAUGGCAUCUGUUGUAUCGACGAAUUUGAUAAAAUGGAUGUUAGAGACCAGGUUGCCAUUCACGAAGCUAUGGAACAACAGACGAUAAGCAUCACAAAAGCAGGGAUACAAGCAACUUUAAAUGCCCGGACAUCUAUUUUAGCUGCUGCCAACCCCACUGGAGGACGUUAUGAUAAAUCGAAACCCCUCAAGUACAAUGUGGCCCUUCCUCCUGCUAUCCUUUCGAGGUUUGAUCUGGUGUAUGUAAUGAUCGACGAACCAGAUGAUCAAACUGAUUACCACAUUGCCCAUCACAUUGUAAGGGUUCAUCAGAAGCAUGAAGAGGCACUUUCCCCUGCAUUUACUACUGCACAACUGAAGCGUUAUAUUGCACAUGCCAAGACUCUGAAACCUAAGCUAACCCCAGACGCAAAGAAAGUGCUGGUGGAGUCUUAUGUUGCUCUACGAAGGGGUGAUACAGCUCCUGGGGGUAGAGUGGCUUACCGGAUGACAGUUAGGCAGCUUGAAGCACUGAUUAGGCUGUCGGAGGCUAUUGCUCGAAGUUAUUUGGAGCAUCAGGUAGAGCCACGCCAUGUCCGCGUGGCUGUGAGGCUGCUAAAAACAUCGAUAAUCAGUGUUGAAUCGAGUGAGAUCGAUUUGUCCGAUUUCCAAGAUAUAGUAUAUGAUGAUAUUGGUGGAAGCAGAGCAUCUGGUCAAGGCGAUGCUCAGCCAAGUUAUGAGGCUGCUGCACCUGGAAAUCAGGAGAGCGGAUCAGGGACCGGUACCCGUCAAGGAAGGAAACUAGUGAUAACUGAUGAGUACUUUCAGAGGGUUACACAAUCUCUUAUUUUGCACCUUCGACAGCAUGAAGACACUGUAGCACAGGAUGGGACUGGCUUGGCGGGAAUGAGACAAAAGGAUUUGAUUCAAAUGUACAUCGCUCAGCAGAACGAAAAAUCAGCAUACAGUUCUUUGGAUGAGGCUGCGAAAGAGGUUGACAAAGUCAAAGCUAUAAUUGAGAGUUUGAUAAGAAGGGAAGGCCAUCUGAUAGUUCUAGACGACGGAAGCACAGCGACAGAAGGUGAACAAGAGUUAUCAACUAGAGAUAGAAGGAUUUUAGCUGUUGCACCAAACUAUGUUGUUGAUUGAUGCAACAAAGACAUCUCGUCCCACCGUGAUCUGAACAUCAUUAUCCACCAUCCCAGAGUGAGCUCCAUGCAAAAUCCAUAGUAUAAGCUUUCACAAAUGCACAUAACUUACUAAAAUUCAUUUGAGUAACUGAAAUGCUGUCAUACUUCUGUCCAUGAUGUUUUAUGAUCAUAGAAGAACCUUGUAGCAUCCAGUUGGACAAAUACAUGCCGUGAACUUCUCAUGAAUCACUUUUUGUUUCUUUCACGGAGGGGAACUUUGCAUCUUUGUGAUGACUAAAGAUUGUGUGUACAUUUCUUUGAAGAAAAUGCAAAUGGUCAUUCCUCCAUCCUCAUGUUCGUUAUGUUUAGAACGAGUCUUCUCACGUAUCAUGUCUUUUAUUCAAGCUAUAUAUAUUUAUCUGUUUCAUCUCCCGACAUGGUUGGUCUAUUUCUCUGGAAUCUCGGUCAGUUGUUGGAUGAUAUGGUUUGGAUAUAAUCAAGCUAAUGCUUAUUCAAG